AUGUAUGCUAAACAGAAUAUAAAACCGUGGAUCGAACAACAAGUAUCAACCGUAUCCGCAACCAGAGGUCAACAUCAUGACCCUUCAAUGGAUUCUAUGUAUGUCAAUAUUUGUGACGAGAUAAAGCGUAAUCCUGAUGAAGCUGUUAAAGAUUUAGAAUUAAGAUUAUACUUCAAUCCGUUUGCUAGAAUAACAAGAACUCGAGAACGAGCAGCUGGAAAUGGAAAUGCAACAACUGGAGGUCAUCGUCGUCGUCAUCGAAAUUUUGAAAAUGGUAUGUUACCUACAUUUGUCAUUAAUGUAUCUAUUUCAACUGUCAAACUUAUUCCAGAGUUCGAGUUUUUUAAAGUUUAA